AUAAAUUUAAUAAAAAGAACUUCGAAAACCCUGAACCCCUUAGCCACCACCUCCUGCCGCUUCCUCCCAACCCACCCGCCUGUUGCAAGCCUUCUCCCAUUCCAACGGACCAAAGAUUUGACUUUUAACAGAGUGAAGCGAUGGAUGGUGGUGAUAAAGAAGAAUACAAACCUUCGGCGGAAUAUGAGCAAGAAUUUAGAGAGCCGCUACUUGAUAUUGAAUUGACGGAUUCCACUGAACUUUGGCUCAUUCAAUGGCCAUAUAAGCAAAAUCCUGAUUUGCAUGGUAAAGAAUUGUCACUUGAACUGCACGGCAAUGGACGGUUGGGCAGUUUUGAGGAUUCAUCUGGAAAAAUGUAUGAUGUGCUCAGUUUUGAUUCUCAAGAGCCUGAUGCAACGGUUUUUCUAUCUUCCACAUCAGAGCCAAAAAUUGUGGGAAAAAUUUCACGGCGAGUUUCCCUUGUCCAUUACCCGGAGCCUAAAGAACUUGAAGAACUCAAUCCCAAAAAUAUGAGACCAUUAUAUUCUACAUCCAGUGGAAAUUCAAUGCCAAACUCUUCUCAUCGUUUUUCCAGUCCUAUACAAAGUAGUUGGCGGAGACACUCACAAUCAACAAAGUCACAUUCAACCUACACCCACGGUAGCAAACAAAAAAGUUCUUUGUCUGAAGCUGGGGAGCCAUCAAAGACUCCAAAAAGAAGACAAUCCAAUUGGCCCAUGGACCGUUCUAGUUUUGACUCAGUAGGGCAUCACAGUGGAAUGACAUUUUCUGGGACCUCUGAGCACUCUCAUCAAGGGAAGUCAAAGAAGAAAUUAAAAGCUAAGGAUUAAAGUUGCUUCCUUUCCAUGUUCCAUUUAACUCCCCUUCUUUCACUUUUUGCUUCAUGCCGAUAUGCAGUAUUAUUUACAGUGAAUUACUUUAUGUUACUCUAAUUUUGGUUUAGCUUGCGAUUUGAAGUAAUGGUAUUGGUGAAAUGUUGUUGUCAUUCAAGCUAGAUGUUCAUAAUUUUUUCUUGUUCAAUCUGAUUAUUAAAUUAUUUCAA